CUCGUUUCAGCGUUCAAAUACAGCCACGCAAAACUGGUAUUUGCUUGGUAGAUUUUGAUUUGUACAUAUCUAAGAUCACGGUGCCAGUGAAGAUCUUUUUUGAUUAUUGUCCUUGUCGAGAUUGUAUUACAAACCCUCGGGUGAUUUAAACAGUUUUUAGCUGUUGUUGAUUUUUAGCAGACGAUGGCGGAUGCAACUGAGGAUGUCGAGCUGGACUUUGCAGCUGACGAGCAGGAGAGGGCGCGGAGAAGCGCAGUCAUAAGACACCCCGUGGCCUCCUUUUUCCACUUGUUCUUCCGAGUGGUUGCCAUCGUUGUCUAUCUGCUGUGUGAGUGGAUCAGCAAGAGCUUUGCGUCCUGUUUUGUCCUGAUCAUAGCUCUGCUCUCGUUUGACUUUUGGUCUGUGAAGAAUGUGACCGGCCGUCUGCUGGUGGGGCUGCGCUGGUGGAAUCAGAUUGACGAGGAUGGAAAGAGCCUCUGGGUAUUUGAGGCCAAAAAAAAGUCCUGGAAUAGUAACACUGGAACCGAAGCAGAGGAAAGGAUAUUCUGGCUGGGCCUUAUCAUCUGUCCUCUCAUCUGGACUUUCUUCUUCUUCACCUCCCUCUUCUCUCUGAAGAUUAAAUGGCUGUCUGUGGUGGUAGCUAGCAUUUCCCUCCAAGCAGCAAACCUUUAUGGCUACCUACGCUGCAAGGCAGGCGGGCAGGAUGGCCAUCCUCCAGACAACCGCUCUUUCACGGGACAGCAGCUCCCCCAGCGUCCAGAUAUCAUCUUUGGAAUAUUAUAAUGGUCCCCCCCUCACACACACACACACACACUUGUAAGCUGCCUCUUUCCCAAGAUUUCCACAGACCGCAUGUUCCCGAAUGGCUUUGUGUGCUGUGUUGAGCUCUGUUUAAUGCUGUGGACUGUUUAUUGCACAUCUUGUCUGUGGAUUGGUGUUGCUAUGCUUAAUAAAAGAUAAAUCCAUA